ACAAAAAUAAUAUAAAUAGUAUGGAGGAUUUCUGAAAUAAUUUUUACACCUAGUUUUUUUAAUAUAUUAGAAGAAUAAUGGGAAUAGGUAGAAAUUUCGCGGUCGUUUGUGCAAGUAACCAAAAUCGUAGCAUGGAAGCACAUCAUGUCCUUACUAAAUGUGGUUUUAAGGUAAAAUCAUAUGGUACAGGUUCAGCGGUUAGACUUCCUGGUCCGAGUCUCGAUAGACCAAAUAUUUAUCCUUUUGGAACACCAUACGAUUAUAUGUUUAAAGAUUUACAUGAAAAAGAUGUUAAAUUGUAUAAACAAAAUGGAUUAUUAGAUAUGUUGGACAGAAACAGAAAGAUUAAGCUCGCUCCCGAACAAUGGUAUACUGAAGCUAAUGAGACUUUUGAUGUGAUCAUAACUUGUGAAGAACGAUGUUUUGAUGCUAUUUGUGAAGAUCUAACAGAUAGAGGAGAGCAUAAGAAUAGGCCUGUUCAUAUUAUAAACAUUGAUAUUAAGGACAAUCAUGAAGAUGCAAUGCUUGGCGGUCGUGCUAUAUUACAACUGGCUCAAAUGAUUGACAAUGAACAAGUAACGGAUUUGGAUGAAGCAAUUCCGGGAAUUUUACAAGAAUGGCAAGAAAAAUAUAAAUAUGAAAUUCUUCAUUCCAUCGCAUAUUUUUAAUCAUAAAAAUUAUUUAUUACUAAUAUUUCUAAAUGGGGUAAUCAUUUAAUGGCCAAGGAAUUUCCCUGUGUGCCAAGGUUAUAAAAUGUGUAUCCUAAGAAAAUUUUGGUACUACAUUUCACGCUUCUGAGAAUCUUUCAUUUCUCUCCAAAAGGCAACAUCAUUUCCAAAUUCGUCUUGUCAUUGAAAUAUGCAUUUUGUUUUAUAUAAGUAAGAGAUUUUAACUGUGACAGAAUUUACAUUAUAAAUUAUAAAACAUUUUAUAAAUAUAAAAGUCUCAGCUUAUA